AUGAUCACCUCCAUAGAUGUGGUGCACGAGCUGCUGACCACCAUCUACAGCAGCAUAUUCUCGCGAAGCAGCAAAGACAUCCUCAAGUACGACGUGUUACUCUACCUGGACGACUACUACUAUUUUGACAUCGUGAGAAAAGUGAGCGAAGACAUAAAGGAGUUGGAUCCCGACUCGUGUGUCCUACAAGGGGAGGACAACUUUAACGAAAUUUUCAUGCAAUUUAAUCAGAGCAGGAACUACAUCAUUAAAGAUAAAGUAUACGAAAAUGAGAACGAACGGAGGUUGGACUUUCUCCACGAGGUGCUGGCCGAUCUGUUGUGUUUGCUAUAUGAGAAAGGAAAUAAUGGCGCCAAAAACGUGAGGGCCAUUACGAAGAGGGGGCACACAAACAAGGAGAACACAAAUUGGGAACGAAUAAAAGAGGAAUUAGCCCAGAUUGAAAAGUUACAUGGAGAACACAGAAAGGAGGCUGCAGCAGGGUCCCCCCCCGUGGCCACGUUAAGUACCAACCCAAGUGGAAAUUUAGACGAGACCUACAUCAGGCAAGUGCUGAGCAUCCCAAAGGAACACCUCCAAAAUGAAGACAUCAUAAUAAAGCAAACAGUAGACAAAGGAACAGAAAAAAAGCUUAUGGAACUGCUGGAACAUCUCAAUAUAGAAUACCAGAUGAGGUACUACUACCUCUUUCUAAAUCACUACCUGACUAUGCAAACCUUGUUCAUGUCCCCCUUAAUUGACUUAACCUCUGAGGAGUUAAAAAAAAUUAUAAAUAGAAUUGUGCACAUUAAAACAAUGUCCUACCGACCUGUUACUAUAUACGACGUGCUUUCCUUUCAGUACAGCAACAUUGCAUUCUUUAAGUCUUCUCACGAUAACUUGGCUUCUCCAGUGAAGAAGGUACAACUUGUGGGGGAGACCAUCGAACGUGGAGGUAUACCCACUACGUUUUCGAAGAAGGUGAUCAUGAAGGAUGUGAUCAGUGCGAACAUUUCGCUCAAGGAGAAAUACAACAAGGUGAAGCGUCACAAUGAGGGGAACUUUGGGGGGAGGUACAAGGCUCGCAAUUAUUACGACUCCUCCAGGAGGUAG